UGGCAUGCUCAGUAACGUAUCUAUGCAUCUUGCAUGUCUAAUAACAGAAAAUAUAACAGAUAAAAGUUAUUUGUGAAGUCGAAUUCAUCGAAGUAGUUGUGAUUGCUAAUACAUUGAGUCUUCUACGAAAAUGCAAAAAAUUGGAAAAUUAAAUUCGUCGAUUGAUAUCAUACCCUUGCAAGGAUCUAGCGGUGAUUAUAAAUCAAAAAACAUGGACAGUAAAAACAAAAUCGAAAAUUGUCACCGACAUUUCAAAGAUCAAUUAUUAUCUCGCGUGCAAACGUAUAUGCAUGAAAAUGAAAACAGAGUAUAUAUUGAUGUGAAUGAGAUGGCUGAUACUCUUCAAAGAAAGUAUCGGGAUUAUCGUGGAAAAAAACGCAACGCAUUCAGAACACUUGUACGUAAAGCAUACGACGAACUUACAGAAAUGUUUGCUAAAAAGAAUUCACGUGAUUGGUAUUCUUAUGAGGAUGAUGACGACGAAGAUGAAGUUGAUGUUGAGUCAGAUCCGCAACCUGCUAUAUUAGGAGAUGUUUUAUUGAAAAUGUUCAAGAAAUCUAAGGGCAAGCAGAAUGGGAAUUCCAGCGACAAAGAGCUUAUAGACAUUAGCAGCGAUGAUGACGUUGAGAAAUCUGAGCAGAAAUCUGAGGAAAAGGACAAAAAUCCCGUGGUUGCUAAUAAAAUUUUACAAGAAAAUGCAGAUUCUCCACCGGUAGUCCAAAAAUCCAGCGAGUCUAAAGAAGAAAGGCAACAAUCGGCCCAAAUGGCAAAGGUCGAGACUUCUUCUACUCCUAAACCGUCAACCGAAACGACAACUAGAAAAAGACAAAGAGAUAAAGAAACUGAUAGUGGGCAAUUGCCAUUAACAAAAAGAGUCAAAACAAUACCGAUUACGGAACCAAAAGUAACAUUCGCGGACGUGGGUGGAAACGACAAGGUUUUGAAAACGGUAUGCAAGUUAUUGGCGCAUAUGAAACAUCCCGAAAUAUUUAAACAACUGGGCAUAUCUCCACUUAGAGGAUUUUUACUUCAUGGUCCACCUGGAUGUGGGAAGACUUUGCUGGCUCAUGCCAUUGCUGGAGAAUUAGGAAUCCCUCUAUUAAAAGUAGCAGCACCAGAAUUAGUGGCUGGAGUAUCGGGUGAAAGUGAAGCACGUAUUCGAGAAUUAUUUGAUCAAGGAGUUGCUAUCGCACCAUGUGUACUUUUCCUUGAUGAAAUCGAUGCUGUUGCACCUCAUAGAGCUACCGCUCAAAGAGAAAUGGAACGAAGAAUCGUAGCCCAAUUGCUAUCGUGCUUAGAUGAAUUAAAUUCAAAAGAAAAUGGAGAUAGAGUUUUAGUUAUAGGAGCAACAAAUCGACCAGAUUCUUUAGACCCUGCUUUAAGAAGAGCAGGACGUUUUGAUCGUGAAGUUUGUCUUGGUAUACCUGAUAAAAAUGCAAGAGCUAAAAUAUUGGCAGUACAUACAGAAAAAGUAGCUCUAGCUCCUAACGUUAAUUUAUCAACAGUAGCUUCGCUCACACCUGGUUUUGUAGGAGCAGAUCUCGUUGCUUUAAUUAGAGAAGCUGCCCUAGCUGCUGUAGAAAGAAUUUUUGAAGACUUGAAUGAGACAGUAAUGGACGUUGAUGUAUCUAAAUCUCCUGAAAUAAGUGAAAUCAAUCCUCAGGCUGAUAAAGAAGUUACAACAUUUGAAAACUCAGGAAAUUUAGUUGAUGAUAUUGUGACUGGUGAACGCCCAACGUCUAUCGAAGAUACUGUAUCAUCUAUCAGUAAAACGCAAUCAGAAAAUUCCAAUGCAGGAUUAGAAAUGGAUGUUACACAAGAGCCAUCUAAGUCACCAGAAUUAUCAAAUUUACUUACAUGGUUACAAAACGAACCUCCUCUUUCGGCGGAAAAAUUAUCUAAACUUUGUAUCGAGGAAAGAGAUUUUGAAGCUGCUUUACGUGUCGUUCAACCUUCUGCAAAAAGAGAAGGAUUUGUUACAGUACCUGAUGUUACAUGGAACGAUAUUGGUUCAUUACAAGAUAUCAGACAAGAAUUACAAAUGGCUAUACUUGCUCCUGUACGUCAUGCUGAACAAUUCGAAUCGUUAGGUUUGAAUUCUGCCACAGGUGUAUUAUUGUGUGGUCCACCAGGUUGUGGUAAAACGUUAUUAGCUAAAGCUAUUGCCAACGAAGCUGGUAUUAAUUUCAUUUCUGUAAAGGGACCUGAACUUCUCAAUAUGUAUGUUGGUGAAAGCGAGAAAGCAGUACGCCAAUGUUUUAUGAGAGCAAGAAAUUCUGCCCCAUGCGUUAUAUUUUUCGAUGAAUUAGAUGCAUUGUGUCCUAAGAGAACAGAAGGUGACAAUUCAGCCACGUCGAGAGUAGUUAAUCAGAUGCUUACGGAAAUGGACGGGGUUGAAGGUAGACAAAAUGUAUUCUUAAUGGCUGCCAGCAAUCGUCCAGAUAUUAUUGAUCCUGCUGUAUUAAGACCUGGAAGAUUGGAUAAAAUUUUAUACGUAGGUUUACCAACAGCAGCGGAUCGCGUUGAUAUUAUAAGAGCAUUGACUAAGAAUGGUACAAAACCAAAAUUAGCUGCAGAUAUAAACUUGGGAGAAAUUGGAUAUAACGAUAAGUGUGAUGGCUUCACCGGAGCUGAUUUAGCAUCGCUGAUUAGAGAAGCAGGAUUAGAGGCAUUGCGAGAAUUGAUGACAGGAUUUCAUGGACAGCCAGAGAUUUGCAUGCGGCACAUUUCUAUUGCGUUUGACAAAGUUAGACCAUCGGUUCAUGAAAAAGAUAUCAAAAAUUAUGAAAAAUUAAAAAAGCUAUAUUCAGUUAAGAAAUAUUCGGAGGUAACACCUAUGGAUAAUACUCCGUUGGAAACACCUAUAGUGGAUGUAGUUAUGGAAGCAGUGGAACCGAUGGAAACAUAAAACAAUUUUAUUAAAGAUUUUGUGGCACUUCUCUUCCAUUAUCAAAGUCUUAUCAAAAUUUCUAACAACAUUAAAAAUAACUAUUAUGUAAGAUAAUAUUUUUACGUUAGAAAUGAUAUGCAUUAGAAUUUUUAAGUUCCAAUAUUUGCAAAUUAUGUAGAUAUAUUCCUUUUUUAUUCUGAUGUUGAUAUUAUAUAGUAAAAAGAAUCAUUUAAUAAACAAGACAA